CCCGUCCACGCCAUCAGCAUCCCUAAGCAUCAAGCGUCAAGCAAGCAAAGCAAGAAGCAAGUUUCUUCUGGCUUGUUUUGUUUGUUUGUUUGUUUGUUUUUCUCCGCGCACGCAUUUCUCCUUCCUUCCUUCUGCUUCCCUCCUGCUCCACCUCUUCCAGCAACCGCUGCUGCUGAACCUCAGGAGGUUAUCAGAGCACCAGCCACAGCCAGAGCUUUUGGCCGCCCUGUUGCGUUGCGCGCACCGAGUUGCAGAGUCUCCUCCCUCUGCACUAACCCGUCUCAUCAUUAUUCCAUAUCGAGCGGCGCAUCUCCAUCCUCAACACCCUCAACAUCAACAUCAUGAUCCAAGGACGAGCUUUGCUGGUGCUCGCGCUGGCCUUGGCGUGCCUGCAGGCAACAGGUCCCCUGAUGACAGUGCGUGCUGCUUCUUCUUCUUCCACUUCUCCGCUGUCAACAGCUGGUCAAGGGUCGACGACGACAACAACGACGACAACAACGACGACGCCCGGAGGCGCAUCGUCACAACCAUCAACGACAGCAGGCAAUGACAACAACGGCACAACCACCGUCGCCGCCGCAGCGUCAACCACAACCUCAACAAGCACAACAACAACCACAACAACUACCACAACCACCACCACAACGACCACCACUACCACGGUUGUGUGCCCGCCUUUUUCUCUGCCAGACAACGCCGAGCCGGCUGCAGAUCCAUGCACCAGCAUCGUCGACGGUGCGCGCUGCGAGCUCUCCUGCGCCACAGGCUUUGUCCCUUCCAUUGAACCCGUCUUUGUCUGCGCUGAUGGCCGCUGGCAGCAUGCCCAGACGGGCGUUGCCGUGCCCUCCGACCUCUGCCAAGACUUUGAUGCUUGCGCCUCGCACGAGUGUGACCUGCGGUCUUCCGUGUGCGUGGACGAGCCUGCUCCAAGCACCGCCUACCACUGCGAAUGCCUCAACGGCUUCACCGGUGUCCCUGGCCCACAGGGCAAAGGCUGUGUGCGCACGUCUGUGGUGACGGACGGCGGGCAUCUGGAGCUGCGAACUGGCGCCAACCGCACCAUCGCCUUUGUCAUGGGCGAGCAGCGCUACACCGUGGGCGAGCUCAGCUCCGCCAUCGACACAGAGGCCGGUCGCGCACAGGAGGCGGAGGGGUCACUUGAGGCGGCAGCCAGCAGCGUCGCAGCCGUCAUGGAGAGCAACCUGGACGACCUCAGCAGCAACCUGCAGGACAUGCUGACAGAGCAAGUGGGCAGCUUGCAGAGCACCCUGGAGGCGCAGGGCAGCUCGCUCACGCAGACGCUGAGCGAGGCGGAGGAAUCCAUCUCCACGCGCGUGGACGGCGUGGCCUCGGACCUGAACACGGCAACCUCCAACCUCAACACAGCCGUCAGCACGGCAGAGAGCAACGCCCAAGAGGCCCUCGACUCUGCCGUCACCACCUUGAACAGCGCCCUCGCCAGCGCCCGCGAUGACGCUGCAAUGGCACUUGAGAGCAACCUGUCAGACCUGGAGUCAAACCUGGAGGGCAGCAUUGCCAUGCUGGCCGAGUCGCUCGCCAACGAGCAGGCACGCGCACAGCUGGCCGAGUCCGGCAUCAACACCGACAUCAGCAACAUCAACGGCGAGAUCACGGGCCUCAAGGGCAUGGACACGACGCUGUCCAACGCCAUCAAGGCCGCGCGCACGUACGCAGAGGGCGUCUCGGGCGAUGUGACGGCCGAGGCAAACCGCGCCAAGCAGGCGGAGGGCCAGCUCUCUGGCCGCAUCAACACCGCGCAGAACACGGCUGACUCCGCCCACACCCGCCUCAACAACGUGUACACCAAGAGCCAGGUCGACACCAAGGUGAACGCCGUGGCCAACCAGCUGUCGUCGUACGCCACCACCACCUACGUCAACAGCAAGGUGGCGGCGGAGAUCAACAACCUGCGCAACUGGAUCCAGGGCUCGUUCCUCCGCUCCCUCGACAACCGCUACCACUCCAAGUCCACCUCAUUUGUGACGCCGAACCAGCUGUCCUCCUACUCCACCAUCAGCUACCUCAACUCCCGCCUGAGCGCCUACCACAGCGCAGCCACGCUCAACGCUCGCAUGGCGUUCCCCGUCAACGCCGGUGCCCUGCGCAAGCUGCCGCUGCUCGUGACCAACUGGCGGGCGCAGUCUGGCUACAACACCUACAUCUACCCCUCGCCCAUCUCCCUCAAGAUUUCGUACUCCAGCUCCUCCUGCUACUACUGCUACUACGCCACAAACCUCUACCAGACCCUCUUUGUCCCAGAGCAGUGGCAACUGUAUCGCGUGUACACGCGCACGUACUAUUCUGUGACGCAGCGUGUGUAUGCUCGGCCCGUGACCGGCAGCUACAGCUACCAGGCCCAGCUCUGCUACUCCAACACCAACACAGACAAGUACUGCUACAACUCUGGCUACUACUUCCCCAGCUGGACGUUCAACGUGCGCCUGGACAACGUGUACACGUACAACAACGUGUACGGUGGCCACUACACCAUCCGCAAGCGCUGAACUCCUGCGACAGGAACAACUCAACCAUGCCAAACAGGCGUCCCCGUUGUUGCAUGCUCUGUUGUUUGCACUUUUGCAUGCUCUGUUGGUGCAUUUUUUUUUGUUGCUCUUGCUGCUUUCCUGUAUUGAUGGUUCUUCUUGUUGUUGCAGCGCAAUCGUCUUCCAUCGUUCAUGCUUCUUUCUAUGGCAAGUUCCCUGCGACUGCCGUCCAUGGUUUCGGUUCCUCUGUUCCUCUGUUCGUUUGUGGUGCCACCCCGCCCCCCCC